AUGUCCUUAGUAACGCCUCUACAGUUCAAUACAGUGCAGCCCAACCUAUACCGAGGGUCUUAUCCUAGAGAGAUUAACCUAUCUUUUUUCAAGACACUCAGGUUGAAGAAUAUACUCUCACUUACACCAGAACCAUUAGAUGAUACUAUAUCACAGUUUUGUAAAGAUAACAAUAUACAGAUGAAACAUGUUGAAUGUAAUACAAAAGCUCCUGGUGACAAAAGUAAGAAAGUCAAGAGGAAAAAGAAACAGGUACCGAUUGAAUACGAUGUCGUUAUUGAAUGCAUUAAAUUCAUUGUUGAUAAAAGAAAUUAUCCAAUAUACAUACAUUGUAGCAAUGGUGAGCUUAUAAGCUCAUUGGUUAUUGCCUGUGUCAGAAAGUUUUCCUUUUGGAGCACCGUUUCGAUACUUAAUGAAUUUUUGAUCUACAAUUCAAGUAUUAACGUCUAUGAGAGGAAUUUCAUUGAAAAUUUCAAUGCUGAAAUUGAAAUUGAUGGCUUGAAGAUAAACGAUAAAGUUCCAUGGAUAACGGGAAGGUUCGUUACCACUAACGAAAAGAGAGAACAGAGAUAUUCUACAAAGAAAGAAGCUGAAAGUGCAAAGGAACCAACCGCGACUAAAGUGAGCAGUAAUAUCCCCAGUUCCUUGCCAAAACUAAAGUUCCAUAGCUUUUAA